AGGCGUUUCCACGUUUCAGCAGCCGGUGACUGAGCAGCGGACAGCGAGGCAGACGGACGGAAAGCGGACUCACGACCAUCCUAAACAUUUCUGUCUUAAUAUCUUCAAACUCUUGAGUGACAGUUCAUCUCACCCGUGCUCCCUUCACGGCCGCGUGUCUCCCUGCCGAUGACACAGAUUAAGAUCCAUCACUGAACGACUUGAAGCUGCAAAAGUGAACCGAGACUGACGGAGUGGACUUUUUCUUCUUCUUCUUCUUCCUCUUCCUCUUCCUCUCCCUGCAGCACGUCUGUACUCUUCACAGGCCGAAAUAAAAUUCCCACAGAGCUGCUUUCUGUGAGACCCGGAGGAGAUUAUCUUCCCGCAGACUCCCGCAUCUCUCCCUGUCUGUAGCUGACUCAUAUUUGCUUCGCUCGGGACCAUGGCGGAGUACAGCUCUCUGCUCAGCGACCUGUCUGAAAACAUCACCAACGAAGACUUGGAGCAGCUCAAGUCCGCAUGCAAGGAGGACAUCCCCGAGGACCAGAGCAACAACAUCACCUCCUCCAAGGAGUGGUUCAGCUACCUGGAGAAAAACGACAAGCUGGCCCAUGAUAAUCUGUCGUACAUCGAGCACAUCUUCGAGAUUUCGCGGCGACCGGACCUGCUGACGAGGGUGAUCGAGUACCGCACCACCGUGCUCAAGAUCUCUGAGGAUGACGAGAUCGACACCAAGCUCACACGCAUCCCCUCCGCCAAGAAGUACAAAGACAUCAUCCGCCAGCCCUCUGAAGAUGAGAUCAUCAAGUUGGCCCCUCCCCCUAAAAAAGUUUGAGAUUGCGACCCGCAACCCCGAUCUUUGCACCUUGAUUUCCUCACUCCUGGCACUCCAAUCAACCGACCGACCGUUUCUGACCAACCCCAUCACUCCCCCACCUCACCCCCCCCACACACGCACGCACGCACACACACAUCC